AUGAAUCGUCUCACUGGGAAGAAGAAACAACGAUUAUCAGCGACAAGCAUCUUCAUCUGGAUUGCCGUUGGAUGUGGAAUCGCAAUGCUGGUGGUCUCGAGUACAACAUCUGGAGCCUAUCUACGAAAUAAUAUGAGCAGAAAGUUGAGCGAAAUAUACGAAGAAGCUAUAAGCAACAAUUCUACGAGGACAAAUGGCUUGGGUAGUAUGCUUUCACUGGGUCCAGAGGAAGACAGGCUUCUGAUCUCAGAGUUGACACAGUCGCCAACACCUGGUUCUCUUGAAUGUCCAGAAGGAUUCAUUGCAAUUUAUGACAGAAUAAUUCCCGAGACCAACUCUACUACAGUCAAGCGGAAAAUUCCCAAGAUCCUGCAUAUAUCGUAUAAGAGCCGUUGUCUUCCAGCAGAAGUGUUCGGGGCUGGAGUUCAGCGGUGGAUGGAUGAACUUCCUGAUUAUUCUGUUUAUUUUCACGAUGACGAUGCUGUCGACCGCCUCAUGGAAGCAGAAUGGCCAGAGUUCCCACAGCUUCAUCGGAUCAUGAGAUGUCUACAGUACAAGGGGGCGAUGAAAGUUGAUUUGUGGAGAAUGCUUGUAAUCUACCGAUUUGGAGGGCUGUACACGGACAUUGAUAAUGUCCCUGCAGAAGAAUUCAAAGGAGGGGAGGUUAUUGAUCCAGAGGACACUUUCUUUUCCACUUCUGAUAGCUGGAACAGACCCAAUCAGAAUGUAUUCGCAAUGGAGCCUUUCCACCCUAUCGCCAUCUUUACUAUACAGACCAUUAUGAAGAACCUAUACGAAAUGACAAGCUUACGUAAACCUCAAGUGGUGUUCGUGACUGGGCCCAUGGUGUUCAGAGAUGGAUAUAUAUCGUAUCUCGAACUCUCCUAUCCGUACAAAACGCAUGAACAGAUCUUGGAAGCUGGAUUGAAGAAAGGAAAACUGGGCAAACAGAUUCACAAGGAAGGGCAGUGGAAUUGGGGAAAUAUCAUUGGUUCUGAAGGUGUGGAGUACGAUGGAAAGAAUAUGAGCAAGAAGGAACGAGAUCAUUUACUUGCUGGUACCUAUCAUUGGUCGAAGGUUGUUUACUGGAAUCGAAAUGGACUAGAUUUAUCUUGUCGAGAAUAUUUAUAUCAGUUGGAACACCCUUCGCCGGAGAACGGAAUUGCUGCCAAUUGGACGGUCCUUGGAAGAUGA